AUGUUUUCUAAGAAACCUCACCAAGAUGUUAAGAAAUCGACUGUUAAAAUACAGGACUCCAAAAAGGAUUCUGCAACCCGACUGAAGCAUUUAAAAAUCGUUUUAGAACACUUUGACAUUGAUGAAUCUAAAACAUACUUUGAAGGAAACUUCAGUCAUGUAUACUUUAUUCUGUAUGACAACUUCAUCCAAGCUGAGAAUAAUCUUCGACAAAGAGUUCACAAAGCAGGCAGAGAAGAAUUGGAGGGGGCAUUAUCCCUUUUAGAAAAAGUAUUAUGUCUGCUUCCGGAGCUUAUAGGGAAAAGAUGGCAGUUGCACUCAUUGACAAGAAUAUUUGCAAAGCUCCUCCAUAGUGGUAAUUCACAGAAGCUGAGAGCCGAGGCUAUAAGAUUUUUUCUGUUAUGGUAUCAAGCACUUGGAGACAAUGCCCCGAACGAAGUCCAUAAAAUGUUCGCAACUUUGGUUCCUGGAAUGCCGGAACCUACCAUGCUGUCAAGCGGAUCACCACUUAAACCAAAAUCAUUGGACAUAACUUCAACUGCAGCCAAUGAGGCCAGCGACUUUAGUAUAGACGACAUUAUGCACCACCCAAACUUCAAUUCAUCUAUUGAUAAUGCAAAAAAAGUUGUCGUAGAACAAACUUCUUCCGGUAUCAUGGGGAAAAUAGCUACCGUAUCAGCAUCCAUCUUUCACGAUACUAAUGCCUUAAACCCAGUCCAGAGUGUUGAAAUCCAACCAUUGCUACCACCUAGUGCUAACGAAAAAGUAUCAGACAAUGAAACGAAACACUAUUUUGAAAUACUCCUCAAUGGUAUGGCUACAUCAGUUACAAAAAUACAAUGGAGAGACAGAUCUCAUACGAAGGCAAUGAGAUGCUUCGCAUUUCUUCUGGAAAAGUUCAAGAUAUAUUAUUUGCCGAUUAUCUGUCCACAGUUUAAUAAUAAAAAUUCUUUAUACAAACCUAAUUUAGAAUUACCAGUUCAACACAAUAUUCUGGAAGAUGACUACGUUUUGUGCAGGGUGACGUUAAUCAAAUGGGUAGCAAAUUACGCGCACUUCAUGAAAAAGCAAGGCAGUGAUGGGGGCCAACCAUCAUCUAUGACAAGUACUGGCUCACACUUGCCUCACUCGAACACACCCACACCUGCAGCUUCACUGCACCAUGAAGAAGAAACAUCUUUUACUGUGGGACACCCUUCUGACUCUAGUAGAGCGUCAUCACAUGAUUCAGCGUCCAAUACUCCGCAUCCUAGUUUAGAGUCAGGAGUGUAUGAAGAGUUAAGUUCCGAGCAAGUGGUGCGUGACGUGUUAUGUUGUUCGUCGCGAGAGCACGUAGACUUUACAAUCGAGGUGCUGCGGCAAGCCUUCCUCCUGCCCUUCUCUCAGGCAGCCGCUGUGAGACGAGUUAUAGCAUUGUAUAAAGACUGGAUACAAAUGAAUGUAGCAGAGAUUCCUCCAUUUUUGGUAGAGAAUACAUUCGAACAGCAGGCUGCGGGCGAACCGGCCAUGCCGCUGCGAAGACUACGAAAUGACUCCUAUCUAGGAGCGCUUGGACGGGACAAUGUCAUGGUUAGGGCUGGAAUGCAGAAUGUUCUACAAAUAUUCAUGACACAAGCUGCGAAUGUGUUCUUAGCGUCGGCGUCGCCAGUGGCGCCGCCCGGCGCGCUGAGCCAGCAACAGCUACUGGAGGAACAGACCGACACUUGCAAGCGUGUGCUCAAUAUAUAUAGAUAUAUGGUUAUGCAUGUUGCUAUGGACGCUAAUACAUGGGAACAACUGCUGCUUGUACUUUUACAAAUAACAUCGUUGGUACUUACCAAAGUACCGCCAAAACGGAAGCAAGAAUCUUUAGGGGGCUUUCUUGCACCAGCCCUGUUCCAGACUCUUAUAGUGACGUGGAUAAAGGCAAACCUUAAUGUAGCAGUGAAGUCGGAAUUGUGGCAGAAUUUCAUGGAGUUGCUGUCGCGACUCACUCAUUGGGAGGAUCUUAUCAAGGAAUGGGCGAAAACAAUGGAAACGUUAACCCGUGUGCUCGCGCGUCACGUAUACUCGCUGGACUUGUCGGAGAGUGUGAGCGGGGAGCGCGGGCGGGGCGGGCGGCGCCUGCCCCCUGCCCCUGCGCCCCUGUCGCGCCCCUCGCACGCCCUCCACACUCAGGCACAUCAGAUCAACACAAGAACACCCGGCAAAUCGCCGAAAUCGGUCCACGAGUCACAUGCACGAAAGGAGACAGGUAGCACGCGACGGCAAUUGACAAGGUGUCGAAGUGACCCGCAUCUUAGCAAACAGUCUCAACUACAUGCAGAAACCAAAGAACCCUUAAGUGAUAAACCUUCAAAGAGAUGGUACUCCUUGGACUCGUUAAGGAAUUCAUCACAACAGGAGGAACGCGAUUCAGCGAGUGGUUCCCGCUCGCCGUCCCCCGCUCCUUCGAGCGGCUUAGAAAGCAGUUCUAUUAAAGACUCUCCGCUGCAAAUCGAUUUAGCUUCUGAUGGUGGAAAUGUUGAAUGGACGGAGAACGAGACGGGCGAGGGCGUCGUCGGGCUGGGCUCGGACGCGGGCGGGGAAGGCAUCGGCGUGGUGAUGGGGGGGCGCGCCCGCGGCUGGCUGCCCGACGUGGCGGCCAUCAUGUGGCGCCGCAUGCUCGCCGCGCUCGGCGACCCCAACCUGCUGCGCGACCCGCACGCGCACGCCAACCUCUACAACUAUCUCAUACACCUCAACACUACACUGCUUAAGUCGAAAGUAUUUAAAGAAUGCCCAUGCGAAGGAAGAGCAGGAAAAAGAAGAUUACUAAGGAGGCUCAGAAGAAAGAUUAGCGCAAACCAAACCCUAAAUGGAAACACGGAAAUCCACGUGCCCUUCAACCUUGUGGCGGGCUGGUGCCUCGAGGCAGAAGCUUUGCCACCAACCCACAGGGCAGGGAAGUUGCUGGCUUUACGUCUACUGUGCGAAUCGACGCAAGCGCAGGGUCCCGGUGCGCCUUCCUCGUGCAACAACCGUCUGCAUUUGGCACACUUACACCUUUAUCAGAGAGCGCUGCAUCAUGGACUGACAGGCGAAGAUCGUUCUGUAGUGGACGUGUUAGUCGAACAUGCGGCACCAAGGUAUCUAUCGUUAGCUCUUGAUGGAUACUCACUGCUGUUGCUCGACUUCGUUCAUGCUUCCACCGUGGUGCUCAACUCAUCUGACAUGGGACCUUCGUGUCCCCGUACGGCUGCCGUGACGUUUUUGGGCUCGCUGCUGUCAUUACCGGAUGGCCUAAUGAACGCGCCUAUGUUACAACCCUACCCACACCAAUACAAUACCGUGUCCUGCCCGGAUCUCAAGGAGCACGUGCUGAACAUAGUGGUGCGCGUGUGUCGGCGCGAGGGCGGCGCGGCGGCGCGCUGCGCGGGCGCCUGCGCGCUCACGGCGCACGUGGCGCACGUGCUGGCCACGCGCGCACUCGCGCCGCGCCUGCCUGCCUACGUCACCUGCCUGCUGCAGAUGCUUAUGAUGAAAAACAAGAACAUUGCAAAGGUGGUAAGUGAUUGUAUAUUGGUGCUGGCUGACUACACGGACCGAAUAGUUGAGCAAUAUCCUGGAUUAGCCGGUAAAAUAAUAAAGUGGAUAUGUGCAUGCUUAGCACAAAUAUCGCCGAGCAGCGGCCGCGACUCAGUGAAGCCACUGGCGGGCUCUCUGCUUCUGUGUCUCGCCGAGUUCGCCGUCCGCUGUGGUCCUACCUACCUCAUGGAAGAAAAGGAUGGUGAACAAAGCCUGCUCCUAAUGGUAUUUAAGGUUUUGUAUGCGGUAAUGAAAGGCACCAAUGGAUCGGAUAUCGAAGGCCUAUCGCUCCCUGUGGACGAAGAUUUCGACCCAAAUAUUCAAACCGACAAUCUUGGACCAAAGACGUCACCGGCAUCCACUAUAGAUGUAAAACUUUGGGCCCAAACGAUAUGUACUCAACUGGUGCUGUUCCUGGGCCACUGGCCUCUGUGGAGUGGGUGGCAGGUAUCAUCGUCGGUAUGCGAACAGCAUGACAGUCCAGCGCUGGGCGGUGAGCUUGGCCCGGCCGUGCUGAGCGCGCCGCACGUACAAAUGCUCAGGUUUAGCGACUCCACGCUCGCCUCGCUAAUAGAACUGCCCGCGUUAGACAUGCCCGCUGCUACCACGCCAGGGCUGAUGACUUCAGAUCGACAAGUGCGUGUGUUGCUGCGUGAUAUUGCUGGUAAAGCGUGCUGGGAUGCAUCGGCCCUCUGCUAUGAUCCUUCCAUUGCUUCUUCAGAAAAGAUAGAACCUCUCGAAUUGCCUGAUAGUACUGAAUGCCCACGGGACAAUACGUUGUCUUCACUGCCACCACCGCUGCCUCCCGAUUUGUUGCCAGACCACAAAAACAGCCCUCCGGACAAACAUCAACUGGACCAUGUACUGGCGUACAUCGGUCAUACGUCCCCGGAGGUAGUUUGCGGACGGCGCUUGGACGAGGCGGGGCCUUCGCCUUUGCCCCCCGGCGCUGAGGACGAGCUCGUAGCGACACUCGUACAACACAGGAAUAACGAGAGGCACUACCUCUCCAAUCGAGACAGCUUCGAGGAGGAGGAGCAGCCGCUGUGCAAGCGCGCGGGCGCGGCGGCCCCGUUCGGCGUGUGUCGCGCUCUGGGCGCGCAGCUCGGCGCGCUGGCGCCCGCGCGCCGCCACCACGCGCACCUGCUGCGCCGCUCCGACCGCCUGCUGCGCGACCUGCGCAACCUCGACGCCAUGAGAUGCCGUGAGACGCACAAAGUAGCUGUGAUAUACGUGGGCAAGGGACAGGAAACUCGACAAGAGAUUCUUUCAAACCAGUGUGGCAGCCCUGCAUACGAAGCAUUUCUCGCCGCCUUGGCGUGGGAGGUGGAGUUGGAAAGUCACGUAGGUUUCACGGGUGGUCUGCGGGGCGGCGGAGGGGGUGGAGUAUCGGCGCCAUACAUCGCUACCCUCACCUUAGAGGCGUUAUUCCAUGUCGCCACGAGAAUGCCAGCAGACACCCCAGACGCUAUACUUAAUAAGACUCGUCACCUCGGGAACGACGAAGUGCAUGUAGUGUGGAGCGAGCACUGGCGGCCGUACAAGCGAGAUACUUUACCUACACAAUUCUGUGACGUGCUUAUCGUGCUCUAUCCACUACCGGGAGGGCUGCUGCGCUGUACCGUCUCCAGGAAGCCCGACGUGGCAGUGUUCGGGCCGGUGUGGGAGGAGUGCAUCAUCCGCGUGAGCUGCAGCGCGGCGCUGGUGCGCUGCGCGGCGUUCAGCGGCGGGCGCGCCGUGCGGGCCACCAUGGCGCUGUACCAGCACGCCUACGCCGAGCGCGCGCGCGAGCUCGACGCGCUCGUCGCCGCGCACACCAUGCCCACCACCUUCGAGCACUUCGUGGAGCGCAUGCGCGAGCCCGUGCCCGACCCGCCGCCGCCGCACGAUCAGAGCGGCGGGCGGCUGGCGGCCGCGCUGCUGGACCACGGCGCGAGCGCGUGGGGCGGCGCCGAGGCGCACGGUGCGUCGCCCCGAGCCGCGCGGCGCCUGGGCCCGUUCAAGCGGCCCGCCGGCGCCGCGCCGCCCGCGCCGCUCACGGCGCCGCCCCUGGCCGCCCCGCCCGCGCUGAUGGCGCCCGCGCUCGCCGCCCCGCGCCGCAACCGGUGA